AAAAGUGGGCGGGGAAAAUAGAGCGUGUGUAGAGAGAGAGAUAAAUUGCAACUCCACGUCGUCGUGACGCGUCAGAACUUGGGCAAUUUUUAAUCGUAAUUUUAGUCAUAAAGUGUCUUGAUUUUGUGCAAUUUUUAUUCUCUCUUGUUUACUGUCAAAUAAGCGUGCUUCUAUUGUAGAUUAAGGGGCAAAAAAUAGUUGUACAACUAGCCUAGGCUCUACGUAGGUACUGUUGUUUUUGGAACUAUGAGGCGGGGUUCUUCCUAUGACUACAGGGACCGUGGACGAGACGGGUCUCGUUAUGGGUCAAUGGGUGGUCGCAGUUAUGGCCCCCCACCCAUGAAGACUGGGAACCUUGGCGACCGACUCCGCAAGAAGAGGUGGAACCUGGAUGAGCUGCCAAAGUUUGAGAAGAACUUCUAUACUGAACACCCAGAAGUUCAGCGCUUGAGUCAGUAUGAAGUUGAAGAGUUUCGUCGAAAGAGAGAGAUCACCAUCCAAGGCUCUGACUGUCCUAAGCCUGUAACGACUUUUCAACAGGCACAGUUUCCACAAUAUGUGAUGGACGUGCUCAAGCAGCAGAACUUCAGGGAACCCACGUCGAUUCAGGCUCAGGGCUUCCCUUUGGCACUGAGUGGCAAGGACAUGGUGGGGAUCGCGCAAACUGGCUCUGGGAAGACUCUUGCUUAUCUCCUUCCAUCAAUUGUGCACAUUAAUCAUCAGCCCUAUCUGGAGAGAGGAGAUGGUCCUAUUUGUUUGGUCCUUGCCCCGACCAGAGAGCUGGCUCAGCAGGUUCAGCAAGUGGCUUCUGACUAUGGCAAAUCUUCCCGAAUCAAAACCACUUGUGUUUAUGGUGGAGCACCCAAAGGACCGCAGCUUCGAGAGCUAGAGAGGGGUGUUGAGAUCUGCAUCGCCACGCCUGGUCGCCUGAUUGACUUCUUAGAGUCAGGGAAGACUAACCUGAGUCGCUGCACAUACCUCGUGCUGGACGAAGCUGACCGCAUGUUGGAUAUGGGAUUCGAACCACAGAUUCGCAAGAUAGUUGAACAAAUCAGGCCUGACAGACAAACCCUCAUGUGGAGUGCAACUUGGCCCAAAGAUGUCCGUCAACUUGCUGAAGACUUUUUGAGGGACUAUAUUCAGAUAAAUGUAGGAGCCCUUGAGCUCAGUGCCAACCACAACAUCCUGCAAAUUGUUGACGUCUGCAUGGACAGAGAAAAGGACCACAAACUUAUGCAGCUUAUGGAAGAGAUUAUGGCAGAAAAGGAGAACAAAACGAUCAUCUUUGUGGAGACCAAGAAACGCUGUGAUGAUCUGACAGGAAGGAUGCGAAGGGAUGGGUGGCCAGCCAUGUGUAUCCACGGAGACAAGAGCCAACCAGAAAGAGACUGGGUGCUCACAGAAUUCCGAAGCGGGAAAGCUCCUAUUCUGAUUGCCACAGAUGUCGCCUCUCGUGGUCUGGAUGUUGAAGAUAUCAAGUUCGUCAUCAACUUUGACUAUCCAAAUUCCUCUGAAGAUUACGUCCACCGGAUUGGACGUACGGCCCGCAGUACCAACAAAGGCACUGCCUACACCUUCUUCACUCCUGGGAAUGCGCGGCAGGCUCGUGACCUUGUCCGAGUUUUGCAGGAGGCCAAUCAGGCCAUCAACCCUAUGCUGCUUCAGAUGGUGGAUUCGACCCACGGAAGAGGAAGUGGUGGCAGAAUGCGUUACCGUGGCAGCAGCUCCAACAAUCCCAACAUGAUGUACAGCGAUGAGUGUCAGCGCCGCAUGCGUUCCGGUGAGGGAAGCAGCAGCCGCAACGAUGACGCCCCCUCAUCCUCGUACAGCGACCGGAGCAGGACGAGUCACAGUUCGGAUGAGUACCAGGGCUACAGUGGCAGCCGCAACCCGAGCGGAGGCCCAUCUGCUAGCGGUACAGGGAUGGAUCACUCGAGUCAUCUUCAGGGUCAGUUUGCCCAGCCUCCUCCUCCAUCCGUGCCGCCUGUUGGGCUACAGCCUCUCAUGAAGUUUGCGCCAUCACCACAGCCUCCGUUAAUGGGCUUUGUGGGGAAUCCCCCUCACCCGUUUAACCCACCUCCCUACGUCCCUUCUUCCCACUAGUAGUAAUUAUCUAUAACCAUUCAUUUUCUAGACCACUUGUCCUCAUUAGGCCCGCGAGUGAGCUGAAGCGGGGGGCACCCUGGACUGGUCGUGAGCCAAAUGCUGUAGUAGUGAAAUGGUUUGGAUUAUUUGUUCUAAAUUUGUAUUGCGCACCUACCAGACCAAAGUGAAAAAAAUAUAUUAGUCAUACCACUCCAUGCAAUUUCUACCACUUAUAAACUCCAACAACAAUAAUAAUAAUGUUCUAGUUGAAAUACAUUUAGCUCAGAGGACACUUGAAAAGGGAAAAUAACUUCAAACCUCAGGGAUCAUAUUUUGAUCUUUUUUUUUGAAAAAACACUACCUGUUAUAUAAAGUAGAGUUUUUCAAGUUGUGACCCCGCAACCCCCCCAUAAUCAUUUUAACCUGUGUAGCAGUUACCCUCAACCACCAGGCUGGGGCCAAGAGCUAUCUUUUGAAUAUUCCAUAAAUGUAUCUUGUCUUAACCGUUUGUAUACCACUUAUUACCAGCUUUUACAUUCUAUUUUUAUAUAAAAGUUUGUGUACGGCUGUAUUUACUAUGGGGAGUACCCGUUUAGUGUGUGUUUUUUUUCUUUUUACUUUUUAGACUUGGACAGUAACUCACAGUAAACAUGACUGUGUUGUGUAGUUAUCAUGGACUGUAUCAUUUUGUCUGUUAUCAGUGCAUUCAACUUUUAAUGGUCAGUUUUUGUAGACAUCAUUAUUUGUAUAUGAUUUUGAAAAAAACUUUGCACACACUGUUGUGUUUUUACUCUUUAACUGGAAUUCUGCUCUUUUUGGGCCUCACAAUAGUAGGACUGUUUGGGUUUGGGACAAUGUCCAGGUGAGGUCAGUAUAUCAGGCUGUGAAAUGUUUGGAAGGCAAAUUUGGUGUAAAACAGAUUUUUCUUUUACAUGUGCCUAUGCAAUGUUUAUUUUAUUUUUUUGCAUAAAUUUGUUGCAAAAAUAACAAACCAAUUUCAUAUC